AUGGAUCCUCCGGAGUUUGCAGGUGGUCUUGACCCGGUAUUAGCUCAUGAUUGGUUGGCUAGUAUGGAGAGGAUAUUCCAAGCAAUUCAGUGUAAUGAAGAGGAAAAGGUGAUCUUUGCCACACAGAAGAUGAAGGGACCAACUCUUAGGUGGUGGAAUACCGCAUCUACUUAUUUCACUACUCAAGAGAUUCCGAAGGAUUGGCAUCACUUCAAGGCGGCCUUUUUGGAAAAGUAUUUUCCUAACAGUGUUCGGACCGAGAGAGAAUGGGAGUUUCAGAAUUUCAAGCAAGGCAACAUGUCUGUUUCAGAGUAUUCUGAGAAAUUUGAAGACAUGGCUGAAUACUCACGACAGAGGGAGUUCACCACAUAUGCUGAAUGUUUGAGGCAAUGUUAUGUUGCGGAGAACAGUUUGAAGAGGGUUCAAGAAGAGAGGAACCAAAACAGGACUAUUUUUAGAGAACAAGGGAGAUCUACCCAACACUUGAAGCCCCGUAACUCUCCUUCAAAGAAGAAGCAAGGCUAUGGUGACCAAUCUAAUCGACCUCCUUAUUGUGACAAAUGUAAAAGAAGACACCCUGGAGAUUGCAAGCCCACUUCAGUUACUUGUUAUGAGUGUAGCGAGCAAGGUCACAUAUCUACGUAUUAUCCCAAGAAGAAAACUCAAGAGAAGACUACAGGUCGUGUCUAUACCUUGGAUGCGAGAAAGGCCAAAGGAAACAACAACCUCAUUGCGGGUACGUGUUAUGUAAACAACCAACCUUUAUGUGUUUUAGUUGAUUGCGGAGCUACGCAUUCUUUUAUCUCUACCGAGUGUGUUUACCGACUUGGUUUGGAAGUUACUCCAUUACCCGACCAUAUGGUCAUUUCUUCGACAACGGAUGAUACACUGGAAGCUCGACUGAUUUGUAAAGAUUGUUCAGUGUCUUUUAAUGGUCGUGACUUCCUGAUCGAUCUAAUUUGUUUACCCCUCAAGAGACUUGAUGUCAUUCUUAGAAUGGAUUGGUUGUCUCCUAAUUCGGUGUAUGUUGGUUGCAAGGAGAAGGCAAUAUUCAUUCCCGCAGAAGAAACCACUUCCGAUGAUGCGAUUAUCAAGUUGAUUGAAGGUACGAUCAACAUGGUUAAUUAUCUUUUUUCUCAAGAAAGAUCCUUUCUUUUAGUUCUUUCCAAGGAGCCUUCUGUAAGGAUGGAAUUGUCUGAAAUUCCGAUAGUGUGCGAGUUUCCUGAUGUGUUUCCUGAGGAUAUCACUUCUCUUCCUCCGGAAAGGGAAGAGGAAUUCUCAAUUGACCUCGUUCCUGGUACUGCCCCUGUUUCUAUAACUCAAUAUAGGAUGUCUCCUAUCAAACUCAUAGAAUUGAAGAGUCAGUUAGAGGAACUUCUAGCUAAGCAUUUCAUUCAGCCCUGUGUUUCUCCAUGGGGAGCUCCUGUUCUUUUGGUGAAGAAGAAGGACAGAAGUAUGCGUUUGUACAUCGAUUACCGUCAGCUGAACAAGGUUACCAUAAAGAACAAAUAUCCCUUACCACGGAUUGAUGACCUCCUACAUUAG